AUGUCUAGCGGUAUAAAUGCACGAGAGUCUGAAAAUGCAAUGUGUGAUAUCUUAAUAUCUGCAAGACAUGUUUUGGCCAUGGAUGCCUUUGCAAAUAAGUCAACAUUAGCAUUAUUUAAAGCAUAUUGUGGUGAAAACAUUCAUAUAAUUGAUAAUAGAUACCAGCCUUGUGUGGAUGAGAUGGUUGAAAUUCUUUAUGAUCUGAAUAGUGGAGCCGAAGCUAUAAGAAUAGGAUAUGAUCUUUUGAGGCAAGGAAUACGUGUGACAUUUAUAUCUACUGGAGCAGUGAUGGCUAAAGCGUUAGUAGAAAAAGCAUCUAAGUUAUCUAAACCUGAUAAUUCACCUGUUAGAGCCUAUGCAUAUUAUGGGAAUAUGGAUGGAAACAAACUCGACUGCGUGGCUUAUACAAAUACAGUGAAAGCAGGUAUAUCUUUUGAAAUUACAGGCCACUUCAAUAUAGUCAUAGCCAUUACAAAUAUUGCCACUCCAGUUCAUGUUGAAGCUCUUGUACAAAUGCUUUACCGAAUUUGUCAUGAAAAUAUUCGAGCAAAGCUUGAAAGUGCUCGACCUAAUAAUUUGCCUACAGCAAUAAAGGAACAUUAUGAAUGGAAUAAUAAUAUCAUUUCUUAUAAAGUUGAUUCAUCUUCAGCCAUAAUAACUUUUAUUGAAGUUGAGCAUCAGAAACAUCUUUCUGCAAGAUAUUUUAUUGAAAAGCUUUGUAGUCUCAUAGCUAGUACAGGCUUUUCUCUCCAACUUUUAAAAAUAGAUGAGAGUCGAGGAGUUAUAGGAAAUCGUAAAAAGAUUCGCAAUGAGGUUAGAGUUAAAGCAUUAGUUAUCAAGAAUACAGAUUUUAACGCAGUUGCUACUUCUCGGAAUCUUAGUCCUGAAGAAGCUGAAAUCCUUAAAUUCGACCAAGAGCGUUCUAUCACAGAUAUUAUGAAUCUUUAUUGUAAAGACAUGAGUAUUGAGGAUUGGAAUAAUAUUUGCAAUAGAAAAUUCAUUGAAAAUUUUAGUUCGCCUGAAGCUUGGAAGCAUUUCUUACGAUUAGCUGAAAAGAAUCUGAAAAAAUCAGUAGCAGAAGACUUGCGUAAAUCUUAUUCAGCAAAGCAUUGGAAAGUUAUACAAGAACUUUUUCAAAUACUAGGCUUUACAGGGAUAGAUAAUGAACGUAUCCUUUCUG